CUCGUAAUUGUGCGCAGUAAGAAAUUACCUGAUGAACAAGUAAUAAUCAGGCAUGCUUUGGUAAUCGAAUUUGUGAAAGGCUUACCCAGAUCUCCCUAUCGGAAUACGCUGGCAAGCUGGUGCCUGAACAUCGAAUGGCUCUUUGUCGUCCAAGUCCUUAUCCAGGACACGGGAAGAAGCCCAUGGAUCGAAAUGGCCUGGCUCGCAAUUUACAUUGAGGUAGUUAGCGACCUAACUACCAAAGCCUUCAUCGCAGCUUUUCAUCGAUUUUUUGCUCGCCGAUCGAAACCCACGGUUCUUUACUCAGACAACGGGACAUUAUUAAUCAGGCCAAGAACGAGGAAACAGAAAAUUGCUUCGCCAAUGAAAGCCUCGCUUGGCACUUGGGUCCGCCGGGAAGCCGGAGUACACUUAAUAAAACUGCACAUGCGACGUAUACGCGUCACGGGGCUCCAGUAAAGGAAGCUGAGACUGGGUCUGGGACGGAGGUUAGGCGGUUGCCUAUUCGAUGGACCAUCCGAGCUUCGAGGCGUUGACCCAGAGCAGAGGAAAUUUCGGGAAGGCAGAAUGAAAUCUAAAGAGGGCGGGGAGACGAUCGCCUGGAAACGAUCAAGGCCAUACAGUCAGACUAGUUGGUAGGCCACAAGGAGUAUUAGGACGCCUGGUUGACCGUUAAGCGGGGCUCGAGUACCAAGAGCGACGUAAAGAGGCAUCUCUCCAAUGGUCCCGGGCAUCCCUUCAAGGGCGAGACAGGGGCGGCAAGCUGCCUAGAGAAUGUGUUAAAAAAGGGGAAAUGGAGAACAUUUAAAGGAAAAACGUACCUGCCAUUUCUUAAGGAAAGGGGCGCCUCUAUUGCAAGGCGGUUGAUUGAACGAUAGUAGAUUGAUUUUAAAGAAAAGAAAAGAUCGGCGGUGAAAGGAGAAAUGUAUUCGCAGAGAUAAAACGGGAGGCGCGAAGUUUAAAAAUAAAUGUAAACGAAACAAUAAGAGAGAAAUUAAAGAAAGUACACUGUGGAACUCAGAAAGAAGAUGGAAACGUCUAUGGAAUUCUGGGAAGGUUCAUCCGUUCUAAAAGACUCGACAAAGAUGCCAGCCGGAGAGUAAGAGUCGAAUAGAAAGGCAUUUUUCGCAGAGUUUUAAAUAAAGGAGAGAAGACUUAUUGGUCUGUAUAAAGAUGGAACACCUAGCGGGAUUUGGAAUCAAUAUAUUGCUUGAUUUUUUUCAUCGUCGUAAAAAGUAAACAAAUUUGGUGAUGGCCUUGAAUAGUUGGGAGAUGUAGUGAACUAUACAAAGUAACAGCCUAAUGAUAAUUUUUUGACGUUUAAGUCUACGUUUGCUGCAUACCGGGUGUAAUCACACAGCAAAGUACAGAGACUGCCGAAACAAAAACUUAAGCUUAGAUGCAAAAUUUGCAGCAGAGCAUGAUGGACCGUAUUGCAGCCCGUGAUGCAUGAUCAAAUUCUUUUGAUACAAAUGCUUGUAUCUCACCGAUCCAAAUAAAUUAUGGCAUCCUUACUCAUAGAUACGUGGUACGCCGAUGGCGUUUCUCAUCGUAAACUUGAGCUGGCUCAAUUCCUAUACGAGAAGCACAUCGACGAAAUGCGGUCUUACUAACAAAUACAAUUUUUAUAUAAGAGACUAUUACAUAGAACAAGAGAAUGAUUAGAUAACAGUAAUAACAGACACUCAACUCUCAUCAAACAACGAGGAAUAUUUUUCGUAACUGCGAAGUCGUUCAAGUCAGGACCAUUUCCUAUCUGGGGAUCGCCCCUCGUAAACUCAUAAGGAAAGCACCUAUACAACACUAAAAUAAAAGCCGCCAACUAACUUGACCAUGUUUCUCCUAGAAGUCUAACAUACUGGCUAACAGACUUAACAACAGAAAUAAGAACCGCAUUCAAGAACCAACAAUACUGCACAGCAUUUUUUGUGGACGUAUCCAAAGCAUUCGACAGAGUUUAACUAGACAAAAUUAUGCACAAGAUCAAGCGAAAACUACCCAAAUACACGCACAAUCUACUCAAGUCAUACCAACAAGCGGAAGUGUGAUAAAAGUAAAUGACCAAAAUAGCAAGCACGUCACCUUUACUUCUGACAAGAAGGAUUGCCCAUCACUUUCGGAUACCGAAAGCAUAAGAGGUAACAGACCUGGGAGUACACCUCUACAGACGUCUUACUUGGCGCACGCACAUUGAAGCCAAAAACACAACAUAAAACUCAAAGCCAACACCCUGCCCAGGCUGAUCAACCCACACUCCCCGCUAAGCCUGGACCGCAAAGUUUCCUUUUACAACUCUGUACUGAAACCAUUUUGGACCUAUGGCUCUCAGCUAUGGGGAAAUGCCUGUGUUCAUGCCGAACAGCUGAGUCCGUUAUCCCGCCAGCAGAGCAUCGCUGUUGGCGGAAUGUUUCGGAAGUGGGACACGAAGCCGUUAUUUUAUGUGAAGAAAUUACUUGAAAAUAAAACCCCAAACGAGAAGGACGAACUCCAACACCUUUUGUUUCAUUAAACUCUGGGAAUAUUUGCGACACCUGCUUUUCCGGCCCCCGACGUCUCUACAUUUUGGUCCUUCGAUCCGGAUCAUCCAGCGCUUUGCCGAGAUAAGUACGGUGCCAAAAUCCCCACCAUAUAUGUAUAUACAUACGCAUAUAUAUUGCUGCGAUCAAAAUCCGCUCACUAUCAACUAGUGGCCACCUGCGCAAUAAUAUAUGUUCGUGUGUAUAUUCUGUAUGCAUCCUUUCCCUUUUAUGUUAUCAACCAAUCAUCAACUUUCCAAUAAAAACACCAAAUAAAAAAUAAAAUUCGCCACCCAAACUUUCACAUACACAAAAACAUACAGACAUUCCAUGUAUGUUGGCCGAUCGAUGUACAUACAUAUGUCCAUUGCAUCUGCAUACAUUGCGUACAUGGCACAUACGCAAUGUCGUACAUCUGCAUGGUCAUAGGGUGUUUCAUUAAUUGCCAAAACAUUCAAGCCAUUCAAACAGACAUUAAUAUCAUCCAACAUAUGUACAUACAUAUAUUAAUGUUAUUGUUUAUUUUCACAUACACGAAAGCUUCCACACACACGACAAGCACAGACGAUUUGUUGGACCGGCAGAUAAGAACCGGCUGCAGCCAACACUAGCGACGAACACAUCCACGAACACAACCUCCAGCGCAGUGAGAAAAAAAAGAAUAACAAAAAAACAAAUUUUAAAAACAACCAUCGGCGCUAACAUUUACAUAUUGCAUAUAUAUAUGUGUGUACCAGCAUAUGUACGUAUGUGUCAAGGUAGCCACUCUAGGGCCUAUUCCAAUAAGGGACCGUUCACACUGACACUACUUUUUUCUAGUUUCCCAUAGAAAGUGUCAAUGUGUGUUUAUUUUUGUUUCUUUAAUACUUUUUUUUAACUCCGUUCUUGAUUUAUUCGCAUAUCCGAUUCGCAUAUAUCGUCUCGAAAAAUUGGCCGAACAUCCACGCCGUCCCACAUCAACAAUUAUAGUCCAGCGUGAUCCAGCGCCCUCAUAUCUGUUUUUUUUCUCAAUCGAUAGCAACAUCUAUUCCGAUUAUUGUGUAUUCCGCGCUUAAUCCAGCGACCCCAGGUUUUAUAUAAAACGAUAACAUAAUUUGUAACGAUAACCAUUUGUUUUUCAAGCGCAAUCCGGCGCCCCCUUACCUUUGUCUAAAUCGAUUAAUUCCGAUUAUUCAUUUUUCUUUUGAUUUUGUCUCUCGCUCAAUACAGCGACCCCGGUGUUUUUUUUUGUUCCGAUUGUCACAUCUUUUUUCACGCGUUGUCCUGCGCCCCCACACCCUGUCUAAAUUGAUGCGAUUAUUUGGUUCUUAAAUUACUUUUGUGCGCUUUAUCGAGCGACCCAGUAUAACUCCAAAUCAACAAUCCUUAGCUUUCGAUUAUUUUGGGUGUCCGCUUUAUCUAGCGACUCCAGUUAUUUGUUUCCAAAUACGGAACAUUCCGAUCGAUCCAACUGGUCGCACGCUUAAUCCAGCGUCCCAAUAUAUAAGUUAUUUCGAUCUUGGUUGCACGCUUUAUCCAGCGUCCCAAUAUAUAAGUUGUUUCGAGCUUGGUUGCACGCUUUAUCCAGCGUCCCCGUAUUUGUCCAAGUGGACAGACUGUUUCGCCCCCACACGGUUUUCGGCUCCUCCGAGAGCUUAAUAUGCCAAUUGGCCACGGUGAGGAGGUAAAAACCCGUUUGACUGUUUCCAAAACGUCUCAACGAGUUAGAGCCAAGAGCGAGGCCCAUCGACAACUCCACGAAAAUCCACGAGCACGUCGCUCCAAGUUCCACGGUCAUCACCGAACACGAAACCGAAUUCAGACUUCUCACCCCAAAUUACUAGAGCAACCGCAAAAAUGGCGCAAGCUGAGGCAGACAGGGCCUUGAUGAAAUUCGUGACCAUAACCGAUAGAGUAUGUCAGUUCGAGGCCAGAGUCAACACCCCAGCAGUCACAAGUCCGUCGAUCCACACAAGUACGGUGCGACUCGAGCAGAUCAGGGCCCUAUGGGACAAGGUGGAGAAGGAAUACGAGGCGUGCUCCGAAGCUCUGUCCGGUCUGGGAUCCACAGACACAAUAACAGUCAUGCAGUCCAAGUAUGACUACUGUUAUGCCGUUUACGAGCGGUGCGCAGCGAGCCUCAACGAGAUCAUUGAAGAAGGUUCACGCUCGCAACAGGCCGUUCAGGCCUCCAUUCCGGCGCCUCCUCAGGGAGGGUGUCGCUUACCCCCAGUCGAGUGCGACAGUUUCAGUGGGGACUAUGUUCACUGGCCCACGUUUCGGGAUCUUUUCUCAGCCAUCUACAUACACAACCCUCGGCUUUCAGAAGUUGAAAAGUUGUUCCAUCUCAAUGCUAAAACUAGUGGUGAGGCUAAAUCCAUUGUGGCCUUAUCACCCUUAACCAAUGAUGGAUUCGAAUCAGCCUGGAGAAACUUGCAGAAUCGUUUCUAACACAAGAGGCUACUGGUCAACAGUCAGCUUAAGAUUUUGUUUAAUUUACCUUCUGUUGGCCUUGAAUGCGGCAAUUCCUUGAAACAGUUAGAGAGCACAAUUCAAGGUUGUUUAACAGCUUUGAAAAUAGCAAAAAUCGACACCUCUAACUGGGAUUGCCUGCUCGUUUUUCUGUGUUCUGCCAAGUUGCCAAAGCUAACGCUGUCUCUAUGGGAACAAUCCCUUAUGAGUAAGACAGAUAUUCCACUGUGGGCUGAAUUCCAGGCUUUCUUACAAGAUCGUCAUCGAACGCUCGAGGCGAUCGAAGAUUUUAAGCCAAACGCUCAAUCCAGAGCACUGCGGACUGACAAUAGCCCGCGGGCGAUCCAGACCUUUGAGAAUAGAGUGACGGUAACUCCACAAUCCUGUAAACUUUGUUCGCAAGAGAACCAUCCUAUCCGAGUAUGUCCGUUAUUCUUACGAAUGCCAGUCGGAGAGCGGGAGAAAUAUAUAAAACAGCAGAAGUUGUGCUUAAACUGUUUUGCUAGAACGCAUCUGCUUAGGGAUUGCACUAGCACGCAUAAUUGCAAUACUUGUAAAGGGCGCCACAACACUCUCCUGCACCGAAGCGGCACUCCACCAGUCCAGUCAGCGGUCAAUCCUGACCACCAGGCCCACGUAUCCACAUUUAACCACCAGCAAGAUAUACAGUCCACUCCAUUAACGAAUCAACCGAAUGUGCAAACGUUUCUGGCUGUAAACACUCAAGGGGUCCUCCUGAGUACAGCUUUAAUAGAGAUUUGCCAUUUAGGCAUCAAAUACUCAGCACGGGCACUUAUUGACUCGGGUUCUGAGGUAACCUUUAUUUCAGAACGCUUGUUCAACUUGAUUAAGUUGCCUUAUGAAUCCAUCCAUGCUCAAGUUUCAGGGCUCAACCUCACUGUUGCGGCUCAGCCCCCUAAGCGCUGUCAACUCAGCAUAGGUUCUCCGGUCAAGCCCCACAUCCAAAUUAAGUCUUCUGCAUAUGUACUACCACAACUGGCCGGGAGUCUCCCAUCCUUUACUUUACCUGAGGACUCUUUAAAGCAUCUGCCGCCUUUGCAACUAGCAGACCCAAAUUUCUACCGGAGUUCGCAGAUCGACGUUCUGAUCGGUGCCGAUAUCCUGCCAUCGAUCAUUCUCAGCGGCUCCCAUCCCAAUAUCUGUGGCACGCUUCUUGGCCAGGAGACCAUAUUCGGAUGGAUCCUUUGCGGUCCGAUCGCAACGAAUCCCACAAGCAGAAUAUGCUCAUUUUCGUCCCGACUAGCUGUCACCGAGUCCAGACUGGACAACAUUCUCACAAAAUUUUGGGAGGUGGAGGAUGUUCCAGUGAAGCGGGUUAGGGAAUCCACCUCGAUUUGCGAGGAAAACUUUGUCCAAUCUACCAAAAGGAACGAGGAUGGGAGGUAUGUGGUUUCGUUGCCCUUUAAAGAGCCUAACAAUAUCAACCUUGGGCACUCCAGGUCGAUCGCACUGGCUCAGUUCCUCUGAAACGAGAUUCGACUGAAUAAAGACGUUGCGUCAAAAAAGCAGUACGACUCAGUCAUUCAAGAGUAUUUAAAUUUAGGUCAUAUGCACCAAGUCUCUCCGGACGACUCUAAUAAUUUUUAUUUGCCCCAUCAUGCUGUCUUUAAACCAGACAGCACCACAACGAAGGUUCGCGUUGUGUUUAAUGCUUCCAAUCCUUCAUCAAACGGGAACAGCCUCAAUGAUAUAACUGCCCGUACUGCAGUCCGAUCUUACUAUCCAGAUUCUAAAAUGGCGUUUCUUCAAGUAUGUGUUCAAUGCGGACAUCACAAAAUUGUACAGGCAAAUUCGGGUAAAUUCAACCCAUACGCGCUUUCAGAGAAUCCUCUUUCGCAAUAAGGAUGGAGAGCUCUGUGACUAUGAACUCGAUACAGUCACCUUCGGCGUAAACUGUGCGCCUUUCCUAGCCAUCCGCGUACUACAACAGUUGGCUCAGGAUAUCCGAGGCCAAUAUCCUUUGGCAAGUGACAUCAUCUCGAACUUCAUGUACGUUGACGAUGUGCUCGCAGGCACUCACACUAAGCAGUCGGCAGUUUUAGCCAUCGAGGAGCUUCGGCUGGCUCUUGAGAGUGCUGGUUUUCCAUUACGGAAGUGGACCUCGAACGAAAGAAAACUCCUACAAGAGGUUCCAAAGGAGCACUUGAUUAGUGCAGACUUUCUGGAGCUUGAAGAG